AGCGACCGCGGGGCGGCGGGAAGUUCGGCCGUCACCGCGUGUCCGGCCGCGGGGCUCGUCCGAGGGCGGCCAUGGUGCAGCUGCGGCUGUGUCGGGCGGGCGGCGGCGGCGGAGGAGGCCUGGGCGAGUGGCUGCUGCUGGAGCUGCAGGGCGAGGUGGAGGCCCGCGACGGGGCCGGCCUGGCGGGGAGCCUGCUGGGGGACCUCCACUUCACCCGCCAGGGCACCCCGGUGCUGCUGGUCGGCCACCACAUCCUCUACGGGAAGGUGGUGCGGCUGGAGAAGCCUUUCGCCGUCCUGACCAAGGCGGGCGCGGCGGGCGAAGCCUCCGGCCACUACUCGGCCGUGGCCCUCAUCAGGAAGAAGCUGCUCUUCAAGACCCGCCCGAAGCCCAUCAUCACCAACCUGCCCAAGAAGGCCUGAGGGGGAGGCUGCCCGGGCCCCCGUCCGCCAGGACGCCCCAGCGGGAGAACAGAGGCGCGAGGCCCACAGACCGUUAGCCUGGUUCUGACUGCCUCUCUGGCAAAGCAGGAACAACCCUGUCUCCCUUAGCUAGAGGCCUCAUGUGGCCCCCAAGCAGGGACUGAGACUCUCAAGCAUACCAAAGAACCGCUUGAGAACGGAUUCUCUCGGCUCUGGUUAGUCCAGAGCGGACUGGGCCAAGACAGCUCCUUUUUAUCCUGCUGUCCUGUGCCUUCGGUGAAGAAUGCGGGAGGAUCCUGGAGUCCAUCACUUUGUGUUGUCUUUCGCAGCAAGGGAACUAGCUGGCAGGACAGCCA